GCGUGCCCGAGGAGAACUGUUCGCCAAUUCACGCGUUUCACGAUGCGCGACUUUCUGUACGGUUUUAUGUUGUGGUCCUUAGAGCUAAACACACGAGUCUCCCUCCCGCAUCGCUUCACACAUGUGGUUUGUCUAAGUGGGCUUGCCGUAGUUCGCCCCGCUGUAUCCGCCGCGGUGCUUUUGUGGCGUGCGGUUCGGGUCACUAAAUGCACUUCAUUCAAUGAGUUUCUGAAAACUGCGUAAGGCGCCGAAGCGUGUAGCGGACUCAAAUAUCAUUCGGUGAAUAUUUGUGCCUGGAUAAACUCGCCCGAGGCCGCAUUGACGUUUCUAAGCAUUGAACUUAGCUUAGCUCACUAGCCGCUAACGGAGUCGCGCAUCGAGACCCGAACGGAAGAUUGCGUGUGAGUGGAACGACUCGGGCUCAUCGUGCCAACAUGUGUGAUAAAAGUGUGAAGGGCGAAGAGUUCGAGGAGGAACCAAAAGAGGGAGACGAGCGACAACGUCCACGACUGGACGCGCCUUGCAAAAAGCCUCGAAUUGGGUUCCACGGAAAAGACGUCACCGAAGAUCUCCGCCCCGAGCAGCAGGAGACGAUCACUUCCCGCGUGAAAGAGGAAGACGAACCAGAGCCGCCGCCACACCUUAAAGAGGAAGAGCAGGAGGAUGACAUCAGCAAGUUUCCAUUGACUUGCGUCGCCGUGAAGAUUGAAGAAGACGAAGGUCAGAGUGAGGAGAAGGGAGGGGCGAAGCCUUCAGGCAGCGGCGAGUCACAACCGCCAAGAGCAGAAGGUGACGGAGACCACCGUGGAGGAGAGGCGUCACGCAGCCCCUUAGCUCCGCUCUCGGACGGCGAUGACGUAACGUUGCACUCUUCGGACACCGAUGACGACGACGAAGGCUCUCGUGUCGGCGUGGCGUUUCACCUGGACAAAAAGUAUGCAAAAUGCUCUCAGUGUGACAAAUUUUUCUACAGGUCGUCCCUGAAAAGACACUCGAGAACGCACACGGGAGAAAAACCCUUUGCCUGCUCGGUUUGCGGUAAAACAUUCUCGAGAAAGGGGGAUUUGGGAACGCACCAAAGAACGCACACGGGGGAGAAACCAUUUGCCUGCUUAUUUUGCGGACGCCGAUUCACUCAGAGUAACACCUUGACCGCGCACAUGAGGACGCACACGGGCGGCAGACCUUUUGCAUGUUCGCUUUGUGACAAAAGAUUCACUCAGAGGGCAAAUUUGAUCGCGCACACAAGAACACACACCGGAGAACAACCCUUUGCCUGUUUAGUUUGCGGUCAAAGGUUUUCCAUCAAGGCAAAUUUAACGACGCACACCAGAACGCACACUGGAGAGAAGCCUUUUGGUUGCUCAGUUUGUGGGCAACAAUUCUCUGUCAAGAGAAAUUUAACAAGACACGCAAGAAGACACGCGGGUGAGAAACCAGUCACUUGCAGCGUGUGACGAAGGAGAUUCCGUGCAAGGGGCGGAGUCACAAGCCUGCUCGCGCACAAAGUGAUCAUCAGAAAAGCUACUUUCAAAACUCACUAAGAUGUCUCAGUGUCUGUGUACUUUUUUGGGGUGGGGGGGGCGGUCAUUUUAAUAAGCCAAGUCGGUUCUCUUAGCUUUGCCUCUGAAUGUCUUUGAGCUGUGCAGUUUGUCACUGCUGGAAGGAGAUGUGAAGCACACUCGGUUCCUUUGCGAGCGGCGUCAGCAAAGCUGUGGAAUAAAGGCAAUGAACUGA